CACCCACCCACGUUCAUACUUUUUGAUAAAGUCGCUGCACGAUUUAAAUAAAACAAAUAAAUAAGACGGCGAGCGAAGAAACGGUUGCCUGGCACUGCAACACCUAGAUUCUGCCGUCGCGGAGCCCCACACCACCCCAAACCCCGGGCCGUCGAGCGCCAAAGCAUGUCCGCUGUGGAGGCCGAGGUGCUGAGGAAAGUGAAUGAGAAAAUCGAUCUGAUAGAGCCCACCACCGGAAAGUUGUUCUUCGAGCACAAAUCGGAGCUGGUCUUUUGCCGGCCGCACCUGAUGCCGCUGAAGACGCAGGCUCUGGAACGACUCGAGGAAAUGCAUCGCGAGACUGCGCGCCAACUGCAGAAGAAGCGCAGUAGCCAGAGUAACCCAAGGAAAAACACCGAGCCCGCAGGCUCUCGCAAUGAAUAA